UGAGGGGCCGGUGUCUCUCCCCGCCAUUGGCAGAAGAUGGCGGCGGCCGCGGGCUGGGCGCUGCUGGCCCUGGCGCUGUGUGCGAGCGCGGCGGCCGCGGCCGGCGGCACCGAGGGCAAGCCCAAGCCCAAGAAGAAGGACAUUCGCGACUACAACGACGCGGACAUGGCCCGGCUGCUGGAGCAGUGGGAGAAGGAUGACGACAUUGAAGAGGGAGAUCUCCCUGAACACAAGAGGCCUCCAGCACCAAUAGAUUUCUCAAAAAUUGAUCCAGGSAAGCCUGAAAGCAUCCUGAAGCUGACCAAAAAGGGGAAGACUUUGAUGAUGUUUGUCACAGUGUCAGGAAAUCCCACAGAAAAGGAGACAGAAGAAAUCACCAGCUUGUGGCAGGGCAGUCUCUUCAAUGCCAACUAUGAUGUGCAAAGGUUUAUUGUUGGCUCCAAUCGGGCCAUCUUUAUGCUGCGGGAUGGUGGCUACGCCUGGGAGAUCAAAGACUUCCUGAUAAAUCAAGAAAGGUGUGCAGAUGUUACUCUGGAAGGUCAGGUUUAUCCUGGCAAAGGAGCAGAUGGAARUGAGAAAGUGAAAAACAAAACAAAACCUGAAAAAACGAAGAAGAAAAAGGAAACAGAGAAGAAAUCUAACGGCGUCAAAGAGGACAACCGAGCAACCACCCAGAGAGAGGAUCUAUGACAGUCACAGUACCCAGACUGAAUCCUGCUCUGCUGCUCCUUGAAGGGAAUCUGAUGAGUCCUGGCU